AGCCGCCAAAGUAACAAGUAUCUUGCAGUUAUCCAUUCAGUUGGGCGACUAUAAAAAAAACACAAGACUCCAUCAAAUUUUGUAUAAAACUAGUGAAAAGGUCUAUUCAAAAUAUAGCAUAAAAAAAAGAACCCAAACAUGGAGUCCCCGAACAGCGACCUUUACACUCUGGAGGCUAAACUGGCCAGCCGGGCUCUCCGGGAACUAACAGAUGGCGCCGACAAGGAUCCCAUUACCAAGCUCCGAUUGCUAUGCUUGAGCCGCGGAGCAACAGGCAUUUUGGGACUGGGCAGGGCCUUUCGGGCAAUGGACGAUGAUGGCAGCAAGGCGCUCAACGAGGAGGAGUUCAUCACCGGCAUUAAGGACACGGGCUUGGACGUAACGGCAGAGGAGAUCAAGCAGAUGUUUGCCACAUUCGAUGAGGAUGGCAGCGGAUCCAUCAACAUGACCGAGUUUCUGCUUAAAUUGAGGCCCCCAAUGCCGCAAGGUCGCCUGAGUCUUAUUGAUCAGGCCUUUGACAAAAUGGAUCGUGAUAAUGAUGGUGUUAUCACCAUUGAAGACCUCAAGAAUGUUUACUCGGUCAAGGAGCAUCCCUUGUAUCAGAGCGGCGAAAAGUCCGAGGAUGAAAUCCUUACCGAUUUUUUGCACAAUUUCGAAGGAGGUCGUGGAAAUUUAGAUGGCGUGAUAACUCGCGAGGAGUUUGUCAAUUACUAUGCCACCGUUAGUGCCUCAAUCGAUGACGAUAUGUACUUUGAUCUGAUGAUGCGACGGGCCUACGCCAUGUAAAUAAUGCACAAAUCUCACUGAAAUGCAAACACUCCACUAUAAUCUCAAUCACUUUAUUCGGCCAGUAUUUAGCCCAGCUCAUGUCCUAUUUAUAAACCGUUUAGGAAAUAAAUAAAUCUGUCAGGUUGCAAUUAAA